ACUCUCACCAACUCUACUCAGAGCAUAGAAUCAGAUAGAGAGAGAAAGAGAAGAGAAGCGCAACCUUCAGUUAAUUAAGCAAUUUAUUCCUCUCACCACCAAAGCGUGAUACACUCUUUGCUUUCUUACCUUCCAUUCUUUUAUUCUCUCUCUUGAAUUUCACACCUGCAACACACACUAUCAGAAUCCCUUUCUUUCUCAGAAUUAAAGCCAGCAACUAGCCUACACACCCACAUUCGGACACCAAGAGAGAAUGGAGCUCAGUAAACUCACCCUAGAGAUCUUCUCCAAACUUGAACACAAAUGGCUCUCACAUUGUAAACCCAACCACAAAACCCGCAUUCUCAGCAUUGACGGCGGAGGUACCACCGCCAUUGUCGCCGGCCAAGCUCUCAUCCACCUCGAGGAUCAGAUCCGUCUCCGCACCUCCGAUCCCCAAGCUCAGCUCGCCGAUUUCUUCGACAUCGUCGCCGGCACUGGCAUUGGCGCCAUCCUCGCCGCCAUGAUCACCGCCGGCGACGCCUUCGGUAGGCCGAUGUAUACAGCCAGAGAAGCCGUCCGUCUAGUCUCCGAGAGGAACUCCGAACUCUACAAGUUCAAAUCCGGAGGCGUGUUCCGCCGGCGCCGGAAAAUCUCCUCCAGAAGCAUGGACAAUGUGUUGAAGCAACUGUUCCAGAGGAAGGAGGACGGACGGUUGUUGACCUUGAAGGACACGUGUAAACCGCUUCUUAUCCCUUGCUUCGACCUCAAGAGUUCCGCUCCGUUCGUCUUUUCGCGCGCCGACGCGUCCGAGUCUCCGAGCUUCGACUUCGAGCUCUGGAAGGUGUGUCGCGCCACGUCAGCGACGCCGAGCCAUUUCAAGCCGUUCGACUUGGCUUCCGUCGACGGCAAGACCUUGUGCUCAGCCAUGGACGGCGGCCUGGUGAUGAACAACCCUACGGCGGCGGCCGUCACGCACGUUCUCCACAACAAGCACGAUUUCCCGUCGGUGAACGGCGUGGAGGAUCUCCUGGUCCUUUCCUUGGGGAACGGAUCGUCCAACACCAAAGCGUGCGAGAAGAGCACGUGCUCCACACCAUCGGUGGUUGACAUUGUGCUCGACGGCGUUUCCGAGACCAUUGACCAGAUGUUGGGUAACGCCUUCUGUUGGAACCGUACGGACUACGUCAGAAUCCAGGCCUUUGGUUUGGGAAGCAAAGCAAUGAGAAAGGAGGAGGUGCUCAAAGAGAGAGGACUGGAGUCGUUACCGUUUGGCGGGAAGCGCUUACUGACGGAGACUAACGGAAACAGAAUAGAUAGCUUCGUGCAACGUCUUGUUGCAACCGCAAAACCAAGCCCGCCGUCUAGUCCGUGCAAGGAUUCCGCCGUCAACUCUCUCGCUAACGGCCGCUAGAAAUUUUUUAGCUUUUUUUUAGAUUUUAACGCUGUAGAGUGUAACUAGUGUUGUUACCUAGUUAUUGUUCUGCGUAGUUAAUACUAGCAUUUAAUAUUUUACUACUACCACCUGGUAUAUUUACUCAUUACCUUUUCAUAUCUUCGUCGCUUCUACUUUAUCAUUAUUUCUUCGAGCGAAGGGAGGUUCGGUGGCGUAAACCAACGGCGUCGUUUUACCCGACACAGACACAAUGUUUUCCAUUUUGUUUUUCACUCUUCCAAUGGAAAUGGUCAAAUUCUUGAAA